AUGCUGUCUGCUAAUGGCAAUGGAAAGGAAUCACAACCCUCUACAGAGAGCUCACAAGCGUGCCGCAAGUUCGAAUUUCAUAAUAUUCUCUUAGCAACCGCCAACUUUGACGAAUCAUUAGUAAUUGGGAAGGGGGGUUUUGGAAAAGUUUACAAAGGUAACAUUAUCAAUGGAUCAAGUCUUGUGGUUGCUGCCAUUAAACGGCUGGAUUCCACAUCAACUCAAGGGGCAACCGAGUUCUGGGCAGAAGUUGAGAUGCUUUCAAAGUUGCGUCAUUGCCAUCUAGUGUCUUUGUUUGGUUAUUGCAAUCACGAAAAAGAAAAGAUCCUCAUCUAUGAGUAUAUGCCCAAUGGAACACUCGAAGACCACCUCCAUAAAUUUGGUACCCCUCUUUCUUGGCUUCAACGACUCAAGAUCUGCAUAAGUGCAGCUCGUGGGUUAGAUUAUCUCCACACUGGCACAGGGAUUGAUGUUGGGGUUAUACAUCGUGAUAUCAAAAGCUCAAAUAUAUUGUUACAUGAAAGUUGGGCAGCUAAAAUUUCGGACUUCGGGUUGUCAAGAAUAGGCCCAACUAAUCAGCCAUCUACUUAUGUCAAUACACUUGUGAAAGGUACUUUUGGAUAUUUGGAUCCAAAUUAUUUCACAACUGGAAGGCUGACCAGGAAGUCUGAUGUGUAUGCUUUUGGGGUGGUUUUGUUGGAAGUGUUAUGUCGAAAACGUGCAGUUGAUAGAAGUCUUGAUGAGGAGCAAUGGGGGUUAGUGACAUGGGCUCAAGGUUCUAUCAAAGAAGGCAGUUUAAAGCUCAUAGUUGAUCCUGAAAUAAGGGGACAAAUAUCAACAAAAUGUUUGAAGGAGUUUGUUCGAAUAGUAGAGAGAUGUUUGCUCAGCAAUCCAAAGCAGCGCCCUACAAUGGCUGAGGUUGUGGUCAAUCUCGAUUCUCUAAUGACGUUACAAGAGAAAACCAAUACAUGUUCACGGGGUGUGGCCAAAACAAUAUGUGGAAAAAUGUUUGAAAUGUUUCCCUCCACCUUGGAUGGAGAGAACUCUGCCCCUGGUGAUUCAAAGCUAUCAGAUAAUUGCAAGGCCAACAAUAGACUUGAAGGUGAUACUUUAGGGGCUGACAACAUUGAUUGCACCAGUGCUAUUCCAAGUCUGAAAGUAUUUAAAUUUUCUGAUUUGAAAAAGGCUACAAGAAACUUUAGUCAAGAUUUGGGUAUGGAUGAUUUUGGAGAGGUGUUCUUAGGUUGGAUUGACAAGAAAACAUUCGCACCUUCAACACAAAGUACAGGCUUUGCUGUUGCUGUUAAAAGGUCAAAGGAUCUUCAACAAUGGAAGACAGUGGUGACAGUUUUAGGAUCGUUGGCUCAUUCAAAUAUUAUUAGUCUCUUGGGAUACUGCAAUGAUAAAGAACACAGAUACUUGCUUGUUUACGAGUACAUGCAUAACCGAAAAUUGGAUAACUUCUUAUUCCGAGAUGUUGUGCAACAUCUUUCGUGGGGAACACGACUUAUGAUAAUGAUAGGAGUAGCAAAUGGACUCGCUUAUAUCCAUAUGUCAAAACAUCAAGUCCUACAUGGUUUUCUUAAAAGUUGUAGUAUAUUUAUCGAUCAGGAUUUUAAUGCAAAACUGGGGAGUUUUGAGAUGGCAAGAUUUUGCAAUGAUAUUGGGAAUAUUGAUGGUGAAUUGAGCAUGAAGACUGACAUUUAUAGUUUUGGAGUGAUUUUGUUGGAAAUCUUAACAGGCCAACGAGCACUGGAUUCGAAACGUCCGCCUUAUCAGUUUGAUUUGGUAAAAUGGACAACUCCAUUCUUAGCAGACAGAAGAGAGCUAAAGAAAAUAAUAGAUCCACGUCUUGAACAUAACUACCCCCUGGAACGUGCUUUUGAAUGUGCUGCAAUGGCUUUAAGAUGUUUAGCUAAGGAUCCUAAGGAUAGACCUACAAGUGAAGAAGUUUUGUGGGGCUUGGAACAAAUAUACGUUGUAAACAAAUAAUGGAUAAAUUAAAGGUAUGAUUUUAUACGUAGAUUCGUUUGGCUGGGGUAUGGAGAAGGAAUUAUGCUAUUUGUAAGACUUGCAUUAUUUUUUCUAAAUUGG